GCUUCAUCUACAUUCUAGUAAACAAACAACAAGGUGCGGGUCCUGCGGGGAGAUUGUACGGUGGGUUCCUCACCAGCUUGAGCAUGGAGGAUAUUUUCAGCGUGAAGAACAUUCCCUGGGUGAGCGAGGAACCCAUCAAUCUCAAGGAGUUCUAUGAAAAGUACUCAGCAACUGUCACCUCCGUACUGGAUGGCAAGACGAUCUCCGACCUUGCUUGUCCUGGAGAGGAGCAGCAGUGCAGUACAUAAGGAGGUGCUGUUGCUGGACACUAAGGAAGACAUUCGCCAGUGUUUCCCCCCACCACUGUCAAGGGACCAAAAUGACCCAUUUGCCAUAGAGAAGCUGGAAGCAGCCUGCAGCCCAGACUUGCUGACUGUGAAAAAUGAACUGCUGCCACAGGACAUCUCCCAGUUCCCAGCAAAGCACACAGGCCGUGCUUUUAACUGGUAUACAGGGACAUUCCAGGACAGAGUCAUUCCCAAGGGAGGCUCAGAGGCACUUCACACCCUGGCAGCACAAGCCAGGGAGCACCAUCUGAGGCAGACUGUGGCAGACUAUGCUACCUUGCGACACAAGCAGCUCAAGUACUCCAGAGUGGUCCGCUUGGUUACAGAUAACCAUGAUAUUCCCGAGCCCACCAUCUGUGAUAGGGACACUCAGGCCAAGAGUCUGGAUGACAUUGUGCUCAAUGUGAGGAUACACAGACCCUAUCAUAAGAGGAAUUAUGGUCAAAAGGUUAGCAAUGCAUUCCCAAGACACAGUCAAGAGUUGCUGGUUCUUGGAUCGCAGAAGCUGACAGACUUGCGUGAUAACAUCAUCUGUAUCAAUGACCUUUCAGUUUGUGAGGACCUCUCUGCCUCCCCUCACUUCAAGCACCUGGCUCACCUCCCCAAUGCAGCAAGCGAGUUUCCAUCUGGAUUCUUGUACAUCAACGGAGUCUUUUAUAGUGACAUGAGGAACCCCAAGGCAAAGGAUUACAGUGAGACGAUCAAGCUGUGGGCCAAGAAGAGGACAGAGAUAGGUCCAAUGACGACAAAGAAGAUGGAAGAUACUUAUGUGAGGGACUUGGAGCUUCGUCUUGGCUAUCCAUACGUGUUUGUGCACUUGGGCAACUGUGAGCACAUUGUGGUGUUCGUAGAUGCACGGCUAAAACACAAGCAAGAUGUGCAGGACCCAGCACGCUACCCAAUCAACUGGGGCCAACCCAUCAGACUGGCCACCAAGUGCUCCCUCUGCUCUCUCAACUUGGCCAACUGGAUAGCCAAGGGUGACCCAAGCCUGCCACAGGAAAACUGCCUCCUGUGUGACCGCUGCCUCAAGACUUUCUGCUAUGAUAACCUUGGGAAGAAAGUGCACACACUCAGGGUCUACCCUUUUAUGGAUGAGUUUCUGCAGAAGCAGAAGAAGUUCAGUGUCUAAAAAUUACUGUCAUAGGAUGCCACAAAAUGCAAAGAACAUUGAAGAGAUAGUGUGCAUGUCUUAAUUGUUUUUAUGAAGAGGACAUACAAAACUGUUGAUUGUGAAAUGCAUAACAAAUUAAUGACAUAAAAGUGCCAAAAUAAAAAUGAUAUAUUUCUA